UAUAUUUUGAAUGCUUCUAUAAAUUGCAGUAGUGGUCGUAAUAUACAACCAUAUUUAAAGUUUUGAGAGGUAGUAUAGACAUAUGCAUUCACUAACUCAGCUUGCUGAAAGACUUGCAUUAUUUUGCAAUGGGUUGCGGUUUAUAUAUGCGAAACUACAUUUCCCGUCGUGCUUUGCAUCGACGCAUCAGGUGAGCCUCGUGUGCCUCGCUGCUGUACUCUGUUGGAAUGGUUCAUUCGUGAGUCAGGCUUCCCCUUGCGCGCGCAGUUUCACGAGCCGCUGAAAGGCGUGAGAAGCGACUCCGCGGCUCCGAUCUCAUCUCAACUACAGCUGCGCCGGAGGCACGGCCGGGGAAAAUGGGAAUUUGAUGCCCUUCGUUUGGAACACAUCUUAGAUGUGAUCUGCGUUCUGCUCUUUCUUACGCUGCCUGAAGUUGAUAUUGUUGAAGUUGGAUGCGUCUCUCCUCUUCUGUCACAUUUUGGAUAGUAUUUCACUUCUGGGUGUUGUACCUGAGCAGGAAAAGUUUUUUUUAAACGGAUUUACCAUGGUAUCUGAUACAGCGCUUGGAUUAUACUCGUUUCGGAAUUGCAUUGAUUGCAUUGCAGUUGUACACAACAAGCAAAUUGGGUUUAUUUUAACCGCCUUUGUGCGUAUUGAGCUUGCUGCCUGAGGGAUGAAGCCGGCAGUUUUACGGCGGCUGUUCUAAUGGGAGAUAGAAUAAUUCCCCGCUGUAAUUCUGGAGGUCCGAUAGUUUGUGUGACGUGGGAACGUGGCUUUUGGAAGACCCCGUCCAGCGCGUGAAUCGUUCCUUGUUCACAGGGGACACUUUCAGUUAUAAACUAAUCGUAGUGUUGUGGUCCCAAAGUCGGCACACGAUAUGGCUUCUAUCCCUGUGUCUGCUGUAGACGGCCAGGGCGCCUCGAAUAGAAUCUUGUGGAACAUAAACGGCACAUUACAUUACAACAGAAAACCCUUUGGGGUCUGGAAACUGGAAUAACAUCGGAAUAAUACAUCAAUCGACGUGGAUUCAACGGACAAUGCCAACGCCGCCUUACAGGUUAUCUCGGGUUCUCCUUGUCCUCGUGUGGGACCCUGUUUCUGUAUCUGAGGGACAGCUGAAGGGUGAUGCCAACGCUAAUGACCCCCCCCCCCCCCACACACACACCCCCACAACUCCUACCCCAAGAUGCUUUUUAUAAAGACGUUCCCUGUGUCAGCCACAUCACACACAGCGUCCCCACGUCGAAAACUCAUUGGACCUGAGUCGACCCGGCCGGUUUUUGAGGUAUGUCCAGGGUUUGCAUUGCAUUGCCAUGACAACAGAACGCAGUAAGAAAAUAUACAAGAAACGUGUCUGGGAAAGGAGAGAUGGUCCUGUAAAGAUUGCACUUCGUGUCUCGGCCCAAAACCCGUGCCACUUCCGCGCCAGCUCCAGAGAGAGGACAAGCACAUGCACUGCUGCACUGUGGGAUAUCAGGCACACCAACCAAUCAGAAGACUGGAUUAUGAUCACGUUCACCAGUCCAUCGUCCCUGGUACAUUUGCUGCUUAACCCCCAUUCUACCAAAAGUGCCACAGAUCCACACACACCUGCUGGACUCACACUUUCACACACAGGUGAUGGACUCACCCUUCCACACACACCUCCUGGACUCACCCUUCCACACACACCUGCUGGACUCACCCUUUCACACACAGAUCAUGGACUCACCCUUCCACACACUCCUCCUGGACUCACCCUUCCACACACACCUGCUGGACUCACCCUUUCACACACAGAUCAUGGACUCACCCUUCCACACACACCUCCUGGACUCACCCUUCCACACACACCUCCUGGACUCACCCUUCCACACACACCUGCUGGACUCACCCUUUCACACACAGAUCAUGGACUCACCCUUCCACACACACCUCCUGGACUCACCCUUCCACACACACCUGCUGGACUCACCCUUCCACACACACCUGCUGGACUCACCCUUCCACACACACCUGCUGGACUCACCCUUCCACACACUCCUCCUCGACUCACCCUUCCACACAUACCUGCUGGACUCACCCUUUCACACACAGAUCAUGGACUCACCCUUCCACACUCUCCUCCUGGACUCACCCUUCCACACACACCUGCUGGACUCACCCUUUCACACACAGAUCAUGGACUCACCCUUCCACACACACCUCCUGGACUCACCCUUCCACACACACCUCCUGGACUCACCCUUCCACACACACCUCCUGGACUCACCCUUCCACACACACCUGCUGGACUCACCGUUUCACAAACAGAUCAUGGACUCACCCUUCCACACACACCUGCUGGACUCACCCUUCCACACUCUCCUCCUGGACUCACCCUUCCACACACACCUGCUGGACUCACCCUUCCACACUCUCCUCCUGGACUCACCCUUCCACACACACCUGCUGGACUCACCCUUUCACACACACCUGCUGGACUCACCCUUUCACACACUCCUCCUGGACUCACCCUUCCACACACACCUGCUGGACUCACCCUUUCACACACUCCUCCUGGACUCACCCUUCCACACACACCUGCUGGACUCACCCUUUCACACACAGAUCAUGGACUCACCGUUUCACACACAGGUUAUGGACUCACUUUCCAGGGAAUUUAUUUUUUAUGUGGUUUCACAUCUUUUUGUAUUUCCUUUUGGGAUGGGGCUGGUCAACCACCUCAAAGGGAGGCAGAGCUGAAUUUAAAAUAUAUAUAUUUAAUAAAAGUUACGAUUUCGUUAAUUCUACGAGUGUCUGAGGUUUUUCAAAAGAUGGAAUGUACACCUGUAUACCUGUAAAAGCUUGACCUGGGCAUAUAGGCUAAAAGGCCAGUUUUUUGUCUUCUGCCAGUGCAUAAGAUGCUAUUAGAGUGCAGGGGAGAAUUGCUCAGUGGUGAAUUCUGAUCUCCAACUGUCACUUUUUCCUCCCAUUGAUGUCCAUAAUAUGUAUGUUGCAAAAACUGCUCUAGCUAACCCCAACAUUUUGAAAUAUGUUGUGCAUUAUAAGUCGAAGAAUAUUGGUACCAAAUAUUUUGGUCUGAGUACCUCGAGGAAUUUAAAUGACAACUCCAACUGCCACUUUUUUUAGCUCAGAUAUUUCUGGGAUAUUUAUACCAAAAAAAAAAAAACUGAAACUAGCUAAGUUUAACAUAUGUUGAGUGUUGCCUGUCCAAGAACAUCAGCCAACCGAAGGCUCUGAAGUCCAGGAGUCUCUCUGUGAUUGGCCAGCAGCUCUCAGCAGAAUAAACAGUGUGCUAGAAGGUCGGCUGCCUGUCAUAAGCAGGUAAGACUUGUUUUUGAACUCUUCUCUCUCCCUGUUUCCUGGAUUUCACCACAGCUGAGGACAGCAAAUGUUCUGUAACGUUUGUAAAAGUUGACCCCAUUUUUAUCAUCUUGAUCAAGGAUUCUCCCUCAGAGCUGGCCCCUAUUGUAGAAUGGGACAUUUUUGCUCCCCUUUUGGUUUUGACCGCUGAUGGUAAUGGUUGUAUUUAUGCUAGUUAUAACGUUCUGCUACCUGGCAGUUCUCUGCCAAGAUACAUGAGAGAAGGAAAACAAUGAAACUGGAUACUCUGUCAGUUUUUUUGAGAGGAACAGAAAUAAGGAAUGUGUUUUGCUUCAAUUUCUCUCCCCAAGAGUGGCUGGAAAUCUCACAUCUGGUUACACGCGCACACAAGAGGCAGUGGACCGUGUUGUGAUGAGGUCAGAUCCCCAUGUCUACAAACAGCAGUUACGUAGAAUGCCUUCGGGCACCUACAGCCUGACUGCAGUAGGUAUGUUUCCAGCAGACCUGGGUCAAAUACGUAUUUGUUUUGGAUUCAAAUACUUUUCUGUGCUCUGUUGAUCUUGCCUGGUGUAACUGAGCCUGUCAAUAUGACCAGAAGGCAGGGGUUUGCA